GCUGCAGCCUCACCUGCAGCCCGGGAGGGGGCGGGUAUUGUUCGCCAGCUGCCGUCACCGCUGCCCCGCCGGGGGCAUGGGGGCCGCCCGGCGCCCCGGGCCGGGCCUGGCGAGGCCGCCGCGCCGCCGCUGAGCCGGGCCCCGCGGCAGCCGGGCGGCGCAGGUGAGGCCGGCCGCGCCAUGGUGGACCCGGUGGGCUUCGCCGAGGCGUGGAAGGCGCAGUUCCCGGACUCGGAGCCGCCGCGGAUGGAGCUGCGCUCGGUGGGCGAUAUCGAGCAGGAGCUGGAGCGCUGCAAGGCCUCCAUCCGGCGCCUGGAGCAGGAGGUGAACCAGGAGCGCUUCCGCAUGAUCUACCUGCAGACACUGCUAGCCAAGGAGAAGAAGAGCUACGACCGACAGCGCUGGGGCUUCCGGCGCGCGGCGCAGCCCCCCGACGGCGCCGCCGAGCCCCGCGCGCCGCGCCCCCAGCCCGCGCCAGCCGACUGUGCCGACCCGCCGCCCGCCGACGAGCCCGAGGCCCGGCUCGACGGGGAGGGCUCCCCGGGCAAGGCCAGACCCGCGGCCACUCGCAGGCCCGGGGCCGCCGCUCCCGCGGACCACGACGACCGCGGGCCCCCCACCAGCGUGGCGGCCCUGCGUUCCAAUUUCGAGAGGAUCCGCAAGGGCCCUGUCCAGCCGGCGGCAACGGACGCUGAGAAGCCCUUCUACGUGAACGUCGAGUUCCACCACGAGCGCGGCCUGGUGAAGGUCAACGACAAAGACGUGUCGGACCGCAUAAGCUCCCUGGGCAGCCAGGCCAUGCAGAUGGAGCGCAAGAAGUCCCAGCAGGGCGCGGGACCCGGCCCUGGGGACCCGCCCAGGCCCUCCUACCGAGGGCGCCUCUCCGAGAGCAGCUGCGGCCUCGACGGCGACUUUGAGGACGCGGAGCUGAACCCGCGCUUCCUGAAGGACAACCUGAUCAACGCCAAUGGCGGCAGCAGGCCCCCCUGGCCGCCCCUGGAGUACCAGCCCUACCAGAGCAUCUAUGUCGGGGGCAUGAUGGUGGAAGGGGAGGGCAAGGGCUCGCUCCAGCGCAGCCAGAGCACCUCGGAGCAGGAGAAGCGCCUUACCUGGCCCCGGAGGUCCUACUCCCCUCGGAGCUUUGAGGACAGCGGAGGCGGCUACACCCCAGACUGCAGCUCCAAUGAGAACCUCACGUCCAGCGAAGAGGACUUCUCCUCGGGCCAGUCCAGCCGCGUGUCCCCGAGCCCCACUACCUACCGCACGUUCCGGGACAAGAGCCGCUCACCCUCGCAGAACUCCCAGCAAUCCUUCGACAGCAGCAGCCCCCCCACGCCCCAGUGUCAGAAGCGGCACCGGCAGGGCCCGGUGGUGGUGUCCGAGGCCACCAUCGUGGGCGUCCGCAAGACGGGGCAGAUUUGGCCCAGCGAUGGGGACAGCUUGUCCAGCAGGCUGCUUCAAGACGGCGCCUUCCAUGGAGACGCAGAUGCACCAUUCGGGACGCCGCCGGGGUACGGCUGUGCCACGGACCGGGCCGAGGAGCAGCGCCGGCACCAGGACGGGCUGCCCUACAUGGAUGACUCACCCUCCUCCUCGCCCCACCUCGGCAGCAAGGGCAGGGGCAGCCGGGAUGCACCGGAGUCCACCAAAGUGAGUGAGCUGGACUUGGAAAAGGGCUCAGAGAUGAGGAAAUGGGUCCUGUCUGGAAUCCUGGCUAGCGAGGAGACUUACCUGAGCCACCUGGAGGCGCUGCUGCUGCCCAUGAAACCUUUGAAGGCUGCUGCCACCACCUCUCAGCCGGUGCUGACGAGCCAGCAGAUCGAGACCAUCUUCUUCAAAGUGCCUGAGCUCUAUGAGAUCCACAAGGAGUUCUACGACGGGCUCCUCCCCCGCCUGCAGCAGUGGAGCCGCCAGCAGCGCGUGGGCGACCUCUUCCAGAAGCUGGCCAGCCAGCUGGGUGUGUACCGGGCCUUUGUGGACAACUAUGGAGUUGCCAUGGAAACGGCUGAGAAGUGCUGUCAGGCCAACGCUCAGUUUGCAGAAAUCUCUGAGAACCUGAGAGCCAGAAGCAACAAGGAUGCCAAGGACCAAACGACCAAGAACUCUCUGGAAACCCUGCUCUACAAGCCUGUGGACCGGGUCACGAGGAGCACACUGGUCCUGCAUGACUUGCUGAAACACACCCCGUCUGGCCACCCCGACCACCUGCUGCUGCAAGACGCCCUCCGCAUCUCGCAGAACUUCCUGUCCAGCAUUAACGAGGAGAUCACGCCCCGCCGGCAGUCCAUGACCGUGAAGAAGGGAGAGCACCGGCAGCUGCUGAAGGACAGCUUCAUGGUGGAGCUGGUGGAGGGGGCCCGCAAGCUGCGGCACGUCUUCCUCUUCACUGACCUGCUCCUGUGCACCAAACUCAAGAAGCAGAGCGGAGGCAAAACCCAGCAAUAUGACUGCAAAUGGUACAUCCCGCUCACGGAUCUCAGCUUCCAGACAGUAGACGACUCGGAAGCCACACCCAACAUCCCCCUGGUGCUGGAUGAGGAGCUGGAUGCCAUGAAGAUCAAGAUCUCCCAGAUCAAGAGUGACAUCCAGAGAGAGAAGAGAGCCAACAAGGGCAGCAAGGCCAUCGAGAGGCUGCGGAAGAAGCUCUCGGAGCAGGAGUCGCUGCUCUUGCUCAUGUCCCCCAGCAUGGCCUUCCGCGUGCACAGCCGCAACGGCAAGAGCUACACGUUCCUGAUCUCAUCCGACUAUGAGCGGGCCGAGUGGAGGGAGAACAUCCGGGAGCAGCAGAAGAAAUGUUUCAAGAGUUUCUCCCUCACGUCCGUGGAGCUGCAGAUGCUGACCAACUCGUGCGUCAAGCUUCAGACCGUCCACAGCAUCCCACUGACCAUCAACAAAGAAGGAGGACGGACGCUCACCUCUCUGGUCUCUCGCACAGAUGAUGAAUCUCCCGGGCUCUACGGGUUCCUGAAUGUCAUCGUCCACUCCGCCACUGGCUUUAAGCAGAGUUCUAGUCUGUACUGCACCCUGGAGGUGGAUUCCUUUGGCUACUUUGUAAAUAAAGCCAAGACACGUGUCUACAGGGACACGGCUGAGCCCAACUGGAAUGAGGAGUUUGAGAUCGAGCUGGAAGGCUCACAGACCUUGAGGAUACUGUGCUACGAGAAGUGUUACAACAAAAGCAAGAUCACCAAGGAGGACGGCGAGAGUGCAGACAGGAUCAUGGGGAAGGGCCAGGUGCAGCUGGACCCCCAGGCCCUGCAGGACAGAGACUGGCAGCGGACCAUCAUCGCCAUGAAUGGGAUUGAAGUGAAGCUGUCAGUCAAGUUCACCAGCAGAGAGUUCAGCUUGAAAAGGAUGCCUUCCCGAAAACAGACGGGCGUCUUCGGAGUCAAGAUCGCCGUGGUCACCAAGAGGGAGCGUUCCAAGGUGCCCUACAUCGUGCGCCAGUGCGUGGAGGAGAUCGAACGCCGGGGCAUGGAGGAAGUGGGCAUCUACCGCGUGUCCGGAGUGGCCACCGACAUCCAGGCACUGAAGGCGGCUUUUGACGUCAACAACAAGGAUGUGUCGGUGAUGAUGAGCGAGAUGGACGUGAACGCCAUUGCCGGGACGCUGAAGCUCUACUUCCGAGAGCUGCCUGAGCCCCUCUUUACCGACGAGUUCUACCCCAACUUCGCCGAGGGCAUCGCUCUCUCAGACCCCGUGGCAAAGGAGAGCUGCAUGCUUAACCUGCUGCUGUCACUCCCGGAAGCCAACCUCCUGACAUUCCUCUUCCUUCUGGACCACCUGAAAAGGGUGGCAGAAAAGGAGACAGUGAACAAGAUGUCCCUGCACAACCUCGCCACGGUGUUCGGCCCCACGCUGCUCCGGCCCUCGGACAAGGAGAGCAAGCUCCCCCCCAACCCCAGCCAACCCAUCUCCAUGACCGACAGCUGGUCCCUGGAGGUCAUGUCCCAGGUCCAGGUGCUGCUGUACUUCCUGCAACUGGAGGCCAUUCCUGCCCCAGACAGCAAGAGACAGAGCAUCCUCUUCUCCACCGAAGUCUAAAGGCCCAACUCCACCUCCAAAAUGGCGGCAGAACGGCCUGGGAACCUCCUAGGGAAACGGGCUACCCACAGAGCAGGAACCCAACCUUCUAGAGGAGUCAUUAGGCCACCCCCCAGGGCCAGGUUGCUGCCAAGAGACAACUACCCAAGGCAAAAGGCCAAGUGGCCUGGGCAGUUCCAGGCCCACCUUCGGUGGGGCCUGGGAACUCUGGGCUGGCCUCAGACUGUGGUUUUCUACGCCGCCACCAGAGGGCGCCCCAAGCCAGCCCUCGUGUCUCCGGUCACGGGCCUGGGCGGGACCAGGCAAAGGGAGUGGUUUUUACGCAUUUAACUUAUGAGAGUUUAAAGAUUUCUACUGGAUCACCUGUCGAGAUGCACCCUCUCCAGGGAGAAGGGAACAGGAGCAGAUUCCCUUGGUAUCGUGUCUUGAAUAAAUACUGCUGCUGCUUCGUGCCCAGGGGCCAGGCCCUGUCCAGUGUGGGUGGGGGCGUUUCGAUUUCCCAGACUUAGAAAUUCGACUCCUGUUUGUAACAGGUUUGAAAAGCUAAAUCUACACUGUGUAGCGCUUGACCCCUUUCACCUCCUUUCUUCUUUCUUUCUAGAAGGAUUUGUGCAGAAAUGGGUCUUCUUCCUGUUCUAUCCUGUUGCUUUGUUUUUGCUGAUCACGUGCCCCUCGGAAGGCAGCUCCCUGCGGAGCUGCGUAAAGUCCAGGACCGGACACCAGGGGAGGGAGGCCCAGGCUGCGCACUUUAUGGCUGGUUGUCUAGGGAGAGUGAUCCUGUUCACCAUCCCGACUACCCCACCGGGCACGCACUCUCCUCAUCAGCUCAGAAAGGCCUUGAUCUCUGGCCGCCUCCUGCCUGUGGCCCAUCCACCCCCAAAUCUCCCUUCCCCUAAUCGUGUCCCGCCCCCCGCCCCCCCCCCCACAGAUCGCUUCAUUCCUCGCUCUUUGCUACACACACUCAGCAAACUUUUGUAAAGUUUUCCUCUGGGCGGCGGCAGCUUACCGACAGCUUGUUUUAAACUUUGAUCUGAAUAGCCUUUUGAUACUUGAAUAUUUUUAAGUUUUAUACAUAGUUUCUAAUUUUUUUCCUAACAGAUUCAGAUUCCUAAUAAGAUAUUAGAAUGUACUCUGUGGACAAUCUAUGUCCCAGCGGCAUCUCGUCUUCCUCUAAGCGCCAGCUCUGUUUCCAUCAGGAGCCACUUCUGAAGUCUCCUGAGCAUCUGGAAUUGGGGUUGGGGGGGGAUUAGGAACAGGCUGGGCCGAGGGUAGGGGCUCCCAUCCCGAAGCAGGUGGAAGGACAGAGCCCCCCACGCUCCACACACCUGUGCGGAAGCCAGGGUGCGCCUGGUAACCCUCCUGACCAUCUGACUUAGAGGAAAGAGAACUGGGGAAACCACUAAGUAUUUUGAAGAAACAAGUCUGUGAAGAAUUGCAUCACUUUUUUCAAAAAAGGGAUGGGGGCGAGGAGAGAAGAAACUUCCAUGCUGGACUUGCAGGAAGAGAGGAUGUAGCUGAACCGGAGGAGGGAAGCGGUGGCAUCACUCAGGAAAAGGCGUUUGCUUGUCACGCGAUUAGACCAGUAACAGGUAGCACUGUCCAGGACCCUUCCCACGUCCCUGGCGGGGUGGGAAGGCUCAGCUGGUGUGUCAGCGGGCUGCUCCUGCCCGAGGUCACAGCACACAGGGGGCCACAUGCCCCCCCAACUCUACCCUCUGCUCACGGACCUGCGGAGGCAGGGACAGAAAAAGAAGUCACUCGAAGGUCUUAAGUCUGCAUACUGUAUUUAUUUAGUUGUACUUUUUUCUUGUGAGGAGAGCAGACCCACCGUUUUAAAGCAGUGCUGCUCUCCUGGGGGAUGGGGGGUGGGGAGCAGGGUCCUCUGUGCUUUGCACGUCUCUGGGAUCCAUGGGUUUCCCGGGCCUCCAGUCCCUGGCCUCUUCUGGCCUGGCUUCCCAUCCCCGUCUGGCCCUGCAGGGGGAACACGCUUUACUUAGAAAAGCUAGACCUGGCCCCGGUUUCUUUUUCCCUGGAGUCUCAUGAUUUGCGUCUGUCGCAUUGAAACUGGAAAGCAAUCUCUCAGUGUCUGUGCCAAUUUUCGUUCCCUCCCCGCAUCUCCUUCCUCUAUUUGCUUUUUAUUUAUGUAGGAUGCGUGGUGUUUAGUGAUGGAACGACCACUCUUUCUUGUUCAGCUGUCAAAGCACUCCUUUGCCGAGCCUCAGUGGUGGUGGUCGCUUUGGGUCGCUGGGCGCCCCUGUCGUCCGUCUGACACUCAGGCCUGAGGGUCGGCAAAGCCGGUGGGCAGGUGAUUACCUGGAGGCCAGACGUGACCUUCCACAAGGCUCAGCCGCUGGACUUGGCAACGUGAAGUGAUGCCUUGCCGUCUGGGCCGUAGGUCUGGGUCUGGAGCCUGAGCAGAGGGCAGCCCAGCCUCGGGCUGCAGGUGGCAGGCAGUCUCUCCGCAGCCACAUGUCUGAGUUUGAGCUCGGCCAUGUCUGUACCACCACAGGGGGAAAGGACAGCUGCCGCUUUCAUUAAAGUUCCCCGAGACGACUUGUGUCAGUGGUGAUGGCUGCAGUAGAAAGAAACACCGUGAUCAGAGCCUCUGGGAGCAUCCCCGGAGCCACUGGGUUGGGGCUGAGGGUGGGCAAUGGAGCUGGAAGAAGAAGCAGGUGGUGUGGAGAGGUGGGUGUCCAGGAGGCCUCCCUGAGGGUAGUGGGCACUGCUGGGGACAGCCCAGGCUGCCCACUUGCCCACAGGCAGUCGCCCCGCUGAGCAUGGGGCCGUCUGGUUUGAGACGAACGGCAGAGGGGACACCAGCCGUGCCAAGCCCGGGGGCAGGGAGGGCUCCAGCCCCACAGAGCCUAGCCCUGCACGAGCCCCUCAACCUCUGUGGUUUCCGGUGGUGCUGCCAGGUGUGGCCUUUCUGUUGCCAGCAGACGGGACAUGGGUCACUCUUAGCCAUCACCAGCCUUGCCCACAGAAAAAGCCACCCAGCUUACAGGGAAGCCAUGCCCGGGUGGAGAGGGGUGUGCAAGGUGGGCUCUGCUGAUGCAGCUUAGGACGAGCUAGGGCCACACCCAUUCGGACCCCAAUUGCCGUGCUCGGUGCCUGUCGGCCAUCACCCCGAGGCUCCCCCAGGGUCUUCAUGUACACCAUGCCAUCUGCCCACCUGACACCUGCUGAUAAGGAAAGGGCUGCCACUGGCCCUCCUCCAAGUAUUUGGCCCCUAAAAGGCUACUUAGCUCUCUCUAUCCCUACCUUCCUAUUGGAAAAUCUGUUCCAAAAAAAGCAAAAGCGCCAUUGCAUCUCUUACUAGGAGUUGAUUUGGGGGGCAAGCUGACUGUCCCCACGUUCCUGAGAGCAGGGGCUGUGUCCAGCCAAGCCCAGGCCAGUGGCAUGGCCCAGGGAGCAAGACCGUUCACUGCUGUGGAAUUUGAGGUCUUACACCUCAAAGACCCUCAGAGGCCUCUUAAUCCAAUCCCUUUACUUGGUAGGUGGGUAAACAGGUGCGCAAAGGCCUCCCCACACACCCGGUGUCCCAGAGUUGGUUGAAGAACAGAGGCUGGGAUCUUGGUGUCUUGAUCCCUAUAGGCUGGCUCCCUUUCUGCUGGACUGGACAUGGCCAGCUGAGCAGGCCCUGCGCCGAGGCCCAGCGUCACACACAUACCCUGGGCAGAUGAAGGAGGGCAGGAUUUUGUGUAGAAAUCCCAGAAGAGCUUGUAUACCUGCCCCCACAAAAAAGGAUGCCCCAGUUGCCUUAAACGGAAGCAUUUCUACGAUGAAGCUAAUGAUGAGCUGUCACAAACAGCUCCGGAAAAAUAAACAGAAAAAGUGAGGGGGCGACAGACACACCAGCUCUUGAAGAGGCCCAAAUGGCCUCCCAGAGCAGCUGCCGUGGGUCAAUGGGCAGGAUCGGUCCUGAGAGUCACCUCUGGGUGAGAGAGUGUCAGACCAGGGGAGAGAGCCCUGCGUCACCCCAGCUCUCCCAGGGUGGGAAGCCAGACGGCAUGACAGACAGGUAGCCACGUAAACGGUUUCCUGGAAGAUGGAGCCCUGCUGCGUCUCUCAGGUGUGUCUGGGUUGGGAAGGAAACCAGCUGCUUGGGGGACUGAGGCCGCUCCUCUGCAUGUCACCAAAUGAGAUGCACCAAGUGCCCGGCCGGACCUCAUAGGCCACGUGUCCCAAGACGGGCCUUCUCAGGGCCUCUCUGGCCAGUUCUGCCAAGUCACCAAGGGCUCAGUCCACACACCGGCUCCUUUCCGUUCCUCUCCUGUAGGUGGAACCUGGCAGACCUGACCAGAAACUCUCCCUUGGGGUUUUCAGACACUUGGUGGAAACGAGCCCAGCAGCUGGGGAUGGGGAGGUUCAAAUGGGAUUCUGGCCGAGAAAGGGCCCUGAGGAGCAUGGUCUACGUGGGCUCAGGUCCUGAGCCACUGCCAGCUGAGCAGCCCCGGGAAGAGGGGGACCAGGAUGGUGGCUGCCACAGACGUGGGGCUUCCCCGGGGCUCGAGGGCUUGAAUGACCCCUGGGGGUGGUCCUCCCAAGCCCAAGGCCCGGCCCCAGAGCCAGCAUGGGAAACCGGGCCUCAUGCAGAGGGAAACAGAUGCUGCAGCUGCUUGUUUAAAUAAAACCACCACUUAAAAACUGCCU